CAGUUUAGACCACUUUCUUUUAAAGAGUGGAGGAGACUGCACUUUAAUCCAACAGUACAUUGAGUGUCAAUCGGUGAGGCAGCUGAAGGAAGCGGUGGACUCAUCCAUUAACAAGCUGUCCAACUUUGACGAAGUCAUUGAUGCACAUCUUCAGAAUAACCAGACGACCGUGGACAACAGCUUGCCCAGUCCAGACAGGCUUAAAGAAAACCAAAUAGACGCUAAAGAGUGUGAUAUGUCAGAUACUCUGAGCCCCAGCAAGGACAAAAGCAGUGACGACACGUCAGACGGACAGAUGGAUGAACAAGAACUGAAUGAGCCCCAGAACAGGGUUUCUCUUCUGAAAGAAAUGGACAGGAACCUGGAAGCUGGAGACACUGAGCAGGUCAUUCCCCACCUCCACCGAGAGCUGCAGGAGGCCCAGGAGCUCGCCAACACCGGCAAACAGAAAUGCCUCGAGCUGCAAGAAUGCGCCCUGCUGGAGGAGGAGAGGAGAACCAACAGACAGCAGACUGAAGAAUCUGCUAAACAGAUCCGCUUCUUACAGACUCAACUGGCGAAGCUCCAGUCUGAUAUGGAGGCUUUGCGCGUGCAGAGAGAAAACACCAUCACCACCACCCGUGAGGAGCUCUACAACGCCCAGGAGGAGAUCCUGGUGCUCCGGCACGCCAUGGAGGCCGCCACCGCGGAGCGGGAGCGAGAGAUCGCCGCCCUGCAGGGAGACCUGAGCGUCGUCACCGCCGAACUGGACAAGUGGAGACAGACGGCAGCCAAGUAUGAAGUGGAGAUCAGCAACCUGCAGGCCAGCUUCCAGCUCCAGAGCCAGCACCAGGAAAGAGCUAGUCGGCUCCAAGGUGAAUUGGAGAAGCUUCAGGGCGAGUGCUCCAGUCUGCAGAAUGAGUGUGACGGUCUGCGGGCCGAGAAGACGACGCUGAAGCAGAAGCUCCACAGACUAGAGGAAGAGCUCGACAGCUCCAGAGAGAGAAGCGCGACGUUGAGCAGCAACCUGAACGCUUUGGAGAAAUCCCAGGGCGACCUGGAGAAUAAACUGGGCUCAAUACAAGACCAGCACCUGCAGGAUGCUAGCAAGCUGAAGAUCCAGCUGGCUCAAGCCGAAGGUCGCACCAGAGACCUGCAGAAAGAGUACGACGACACUCAGAACCUGCUGUCAGAUCUGCGUCAGAGGUAUGAGCAGACGGAGCAGGAGAAACGCUCCAUCAACGACGAGCUUGAACAGUGCAAGGUCAACCUCAAACUCCUGCAGGAGAAGGGCAGCAAUCCAUCCAUAUUGCAGCCUGUCCAAGCCAUUUUCAUCGGUCUAUUCCUGGCUUUGCUGUAUUGGUGCUUCGGCCAGUUGUGGUAGAAAGAGCGGAUGGAUGCCCUGGAUGCCGGUGGUCGCCGCCGUGGUUGCCGUGACAGCAGUGGUGCUU